AACCUUAAAACUCUCACAUCCAUUGUCUGAAGGUAUUAAGAUGGAUGAGUUGUCACCGAACCAGAUUGUUGUUGUUCAUGGGAUUGCUAGUGCUGGCUCAGUGGCUUUAGCCACAGGUUUCACAUAUCCUCUCGAUACCCUCAAAGUCCUCACUCAGGUUGGUUCCAGUGCCGCUAGAGAAUUGAAUGCUGCCGAGGCUUUGAUCAGAGUAUUCUCCUUGUCGGGUAAUGCAGGUCUGUUCAGUGGUUUUGGCUGGUUGGCAUUUGGAAGGAUUUUUGGUCUGGGAGCUCGAUUUGGGGUUUACGAAAUCCUGAAAGCUUAUUGCAAAGAUGGUCGAGAACUUAAUUAUAUCUCUGGUGCUGAGGCUCUUUUGGCAGGCAUGGCAGCUGGUGCCAUAGAGACAAUUAUAAGCUCUCCUUUUGAACUCAUCAAGAUUCGUAUGCAGGUUACCUCAGCUUCGUACGUCCCGAGCUCUAAUUUUGCUUUGGAAAAGGGGGCCCGCACACCUUUAGUUGCAAGAUUACUUAAUGGCUGUUAUCCAGACAAGAGGUCAUUGAACCAAUAUGUUGGUCUCAUCUCUACCCUCACAACAAAAAAUACUAACAUGACUGGUGCUUUAUUGGAGUAUCCAUGGGCAAUGACAGGAUCUGGGAGGCCACCAUCAGUUUGCAAUGUGAGAAGGCCAUCAGACAUUAUAUCUUUGGAAGGAUGGAGCACAUUAUGGAGAGGUCUACGUUCUGGAAUUGUUCGAGAUUCUGUGUUUGGUGGUGUAUUUUUUUCAAGUUGGGAACUUUUGCACCGAGCAAUGCUUGGGUGGAAAGCUGUAGGGAUGGAUCCUAUACCCAGCUUAAAUGAAGAAAUCGGUCCAUUGUCUCCCUUGGCUGUUAGUCUUUCUGCUGGAUUAUCAGCUUCAGUUGCUGCCGCUGCUUCUCAUAGUUUUGAUACUGCAAGAACUAGAUCACAGUGUACUGUGCUGCCAAAGCAUCUCUCUAUGGAGAGAAGGUUUCUGAAGUGGACACGACCAGGAAACAAGUUUGAAAGAAUUACUGGGAUCCAUCCUGCUGACAGGAAUGUCUUGUUCCGUGGUAUCGGGUUGCGGAUGGCUCGCUCUGGGAUUGCAUCAUUCAUGAUUGUAGGAAGUUAUUUCUUUGUUGUUGAUCAUCUUGCUUCUAGUUUGACUUAAUUGUCACAUAAUAAUACCUUCCUUUUGGGUAAUGUUUAAUGUUUACUAUUUUUUCUCCCAGAGAAAAGCAGUCACAUAAUUUAAAUUGCUGCUCUGUAAUAGUCAAUAAAGAAAAAUAGAAAGGAGAUAGUACUUGUUGCCUACCCCAGUUGAAUUUGAUACUGGUGAGAAUCAGCACCCGGAUUGUAAUCCAGAGAGAGAGAGAGACAGAAAGAAAGAACUGCAUUUGUUCAAUACAUAUAAGAUAAUUCUGAAA